UAGGUACCUACCCACUACCGCCUGCUCAGCUCACACUGGGACCAUCAAGCUUCCAACUCACUUCAUUCAUCCAACGUCUUCUAGGCAGAGACCGUUUCUCUCGUCACCACUGUUUCGCUUCCACCACAACGACAACCCCUCACCAUCCGCCUACCUAGUAUUGUCGCCUCGUCUAUCUCUGCCGUGCCGACUCUUGCACGCGUCCUCUCUCGAUAUCAACAUCCCUCAACCUCUCUUUUUCCCGAUAAGAUACGCCGUGCCCCCCCAAUCGGCCUCCUUUGUCUCUCGAUCCGCUUCACCCGUGCAGCGAUCAUCUGCGCCCUCCUGACUACCCGCACCGCAUAUACUAUCGCAAUGGCUUCUCGGGCAGGGCCUGCUGCUGGCCGUGGCAUGAACACCCGGUUUGCACAAUUCAAAUUGGUUUUGCUAGGAGAGUCUGCUGUAGGAAAGAGCUCGAUAGUACUAAGAUUCGUGAAGGAUCAAUUUGACUCGUAUCGAGAAUCGACUAUCGGUGCUGCUUUUCUCACACAGACCAUAUCCCUCGACGAAAACACUACCGUCAAGUUCGAGAUUUGGGACACUGCCGGUCAGGAGAGAUAUAAGUCGUUGGCGCCCAUGUACUACCGAAACGCCAACUGUGCUGUAGUUGUCUAUGAUAUUACCCAAUCCACAUCCUUGGAUAAGGCGAAGGCAUGGGUGAAAGAACUACAACGACAAGCAAACGAGAAUAUUAUCAUUGCUCUCGCCGGUAACAAAUUGGAUUUGGUAAAUGAGCAGCCAGACAAGCGCGCCGUACCAACAGCGGAAGCGGAAGCAUAUGCCAACGAAGCAGGCUUGUUGUUCUUUGAAACCUCGGCCAAGACGGCGGAAAACGUGCAAGAACUGUUUACUGCUAUCGCGAAGAAGCUUCCGCUCGACCAAGUCGGGCCUCGUCACACGCGGCCCGGCCAGCGACCCGGUGGUGUCAGUCUAGGACCAGUCGAGGGCAGGGACACACAGGCAGGAGGGCCUUGCAGCUGCUAGAAGCGCUUGUUUGUAAGCGUGGCAGCGUUCGGGGUCAUAUAGUGAAAGGGAAGUACACUCGGUAUCGUAGUAUACGUGCUACUUAUACAGCGUAAGCGGACACUCCACAUUCGUUCCAGGGCAGAGAGGUAUCCACGGAGACUCUCAAGACAGCGCAGGCAAUGAGCAACUGAGAUAUGAAGUCGGCACGUCGCGGCGUGCAGGAGUGGAGAUUGAUAUAUCAGGGGGUGAAGAAGCAUGAGAGACUAAUUGCAAAUAUGAUGUAUAUUCAUUCCAUAGGGGGCUCUCUCGGCAGGAUGGCAGUACGGGGUUCUUCGUCUUGUUUUGUUUUUCCGUGUUUCUCGUGCUUUUAUAUUUUUGCCUGGUCGGUACUUGGGAUUCUUGAUGCGAUUCUGAAGUAGGCCAUUGGCCGAAUAUUGAUCGUUAGCUAGACUAUCUAGAGGAUGUGAUCAGAUGAUCAGAUAGGGAGCAUGUCUAUCUAGGCUACAACAGUGCUACGGGCUGCCGAAGAAUCGUCAAGGACGAGUAAUAUCACAAUAGAAGAGCAUUCAAUCUUCCA